AUGUCCGCGUGGCCGUUUGGACAAAGUGUCUCGUCGAGCAGCGGCGGGCCUAAAGAGGAUGUUAAGAGUAUACUCGCGCGGUACUUCCAGAAACUGCAAGAUGACGAGACAGCGCUCGACGAGAGCUCGAUAGAGCAAGUGCUCAGUCUGCGGGACGAUGACACGCUCGCAUUGCUUGAGCAGCGGCAGGAUAGCUCGCUGAUAGAUUUUUUGGUGUUUGCGUUUUUCUACAAACUGGAGGACAGUGCUACAGGUGGGCACGCUGCGACGAAGGUGCCGCAUCUACAGUACUUGCUGGAGCAGCUGCUUGUGGCGGCACCAGCUGGAGAUUGGCCAAGGGCCAACGUGAUCGCCGAUUUCCUGUCAAUCGACAACUGCGUCCUCAUAGACGAGCUGGUCAAGAAUUUUGCCUAUUUGGAUACGAUCUGGUCGCUCCUGCAGUUUGUGAACCAGGAGGAGAAUUUGCCCCUUACUGCCAUCUUCCUGAAAAUCAACGAGAAUCUUUUGUUCGCUAGACACCAGGAGUACCUCAACUACAUCAAGCUGAGGCCAGAGCUCGUGGACGAUAUGCUUGCCCACGUCACAAUAACCCCGCUAAUGGACUUCUUCCUGAAGAUCGUUGGGUCAGACAAGAUCGAGCAACCAACAGGGAUCCUGGAACACGUCGCAGCGCAGUCGUUCAUCCCAAAGUGUCUCCAGUUCUUCAACAACGAGAGGUUCGACUCAGCUGUUCAAAACAGCGUUGCGGACUUGCUGAAGACGCUCAUCACCAUAUCUGCAAACGCACCCAUCGACGAAAUCUCUAUUGGACCAAACAUCCUUACAAGACAACUUGUCUCCCCACAGUGCAUAGACCAACUGGUCGAUAUCAUCCUAUUACAGCGCGGCACAGCAUUGAACGUCACGAUAUCAGUCGUCAUUGAACUCAUCAGGAAAAACAACUCGGAUUAUGAUCAAGUCAACUUACUCAGUACUACGCUCGAGGAGAACUACCCAACGGAUAGAGAUCCAAUUUACCUCGGCCACCUUUUGGGUAAAUUCACGGAAAAAUUGCCCCAACUAUUCCAAAUCAUAGAUAACAUCGACAAUCAAUCGGAAGUGUCUGAAAACCAAAUUGGCGAAAUUUUCAAACCUUUGGGCUUUGAAAGGUUCAAAAUUGUGGAGUUAAUUGCAGAGUUGUUGCACUGCUCUAACAUGGGACUCAUGAACUCCAAGAGAGCCCGGAGGAUAGCUCGUAAAAGAGAUGCCAUUCGGAGGAAAGACGAACAAAUCCAUGAAAAUCUCGUCGACCUGAAACUCGAUGACAUCACAGCUACCAAUACCCAAGAUGAGGAUACAAUUUCUAACGACAGUAACGACAAGAAUCUUAACAGCAGUAAUAAUAAUAGUAAUAGUAAUGACAGUAAUAAAUCAAAAAGUAAUGAUAAUGACAAUAAUAAAAAUAACAAUAGUAACGACAGGAAAAUGAAUAAAGAAACUCAUGGGGACGUGGUUGUGCAAAGUGAGGAAGAUGACGACGAUGACGACGACGAAGAAGUUGACGAAUCGUUUGAUAUACCGUAUGUGAACGCAAACCAGAAUGAGAAACUCAGAACGAAACCAACGUUAGGAGAUUUUUUCAAGAUUACACUAUACGAUAACCAAAUUGUGCCUAAGAUUUUGCUGCUGUUUCUAAACUACCCAUGGAACAACUUCUGGCACAACGUCGUGUUUGAUAUCAUUCAACAGAUAUUCAAUGGGAGAAUGGACUUCUCCUACAAUUCGUUCAUAGUGUUCUCCAUUUUCGACACUUUACAGUCGUAUCAGUUCAAUGGUUUGGAACCAAAGAUGAAUUUCCAAAUCACGAAUAACUUCAUCCUGACAGGUUACAAAAAUUCGUACAAAUUCUACGAAUCGCACCAUAUGAACUUGGGAUACAUGGGCCACAUCGUCCUGAUAGCGGAGGAGAUUGUCAAAUUCUCAAAAUUGUACAAAGUCGAACUCAUAUCUCCACGGAUUUUUGAAUUGCUCCAGGAGAACGAAUGGAAAGUCUACGCGGAACAGGUCCUGAACGAUACAAGAUUGAUGUAUUCCAAGAUCUUGGGUGGGGGUACCUAUGUCGACGACGGGAACGGCAACAUCAUCCCCCAGUUUCCCUCAGACACAGCAUCUGUUUUGUCUUCAUCAGACGCCGGUUCAGAUGGAGGAGGACUCGUAAACAUUGAAGACCUAGAGGAAGAACUAACCACAGAGUCCGACCUCCAUGAGAAACUGCGGACGAUGUUGCUGUCCCGCUCAGAGGAGGAAGUCGACGAGAGGAACAAAGAAAAAGGUGUAAUUAUCCUGGGACCACCACCAUCAGCAUCAGCGGAUACAUCAACAGAAUAA